GGUGAUAUUUAUUUAAGAUGUUUUGCUUAUUGUAAAUACGAUUUAUUCUUUUUAUCCACUCUUGUGCACUACCAUGCUGUAAAGAAGUCACACGGGUGUCCAUUCUAUUCCUAGAAUGCUACAGCAUUAUAUAACAACACGACUGAACUGUAACUCAACUCAGACAGAUAACACGGUCCAAGUCCAACAAACAAUACAAGUCCCAAGUCCGUCCAAGGUUGUCGUGCAGAUCUAGAACACACGACAUGUUCCAGCAGACACAGAUAAAUCUAGAUAGAUCUAGAAAUAAAAAAAGGCCGGCUCUAUUUCUCCGAACACUCAGGGAAAAUAACUUGAACUCUUUGAACUCGAAAACGACGGUUUCCGUUCCCAAGAUUUUUUGGUUACUUGCGACGACGAAUGGAGUGGCCCGUGUGGGUAGUUCUUCAGGAGUCCCGAUGAAGUUUCUGCUGUUGCCACCAUAUCAAGUCUUUGCCGUUUUUUUAUCACACAGUGGAGACAUUCUCAAUCAAUUCUUGAACCUCGUUUUAUAGUUGCCACCAUAGUUGGUGCUGUUUUUUCUUUAUGUAAGAACUUGACUGACUGUGGGCACAUGAAUAAUCACAGCGCUUGGUUAGGCCAACUAUUUGAGUUUUAUUGGGAGAUUUAGUUACUAGGUUUGGUUGACCUUUGCAAGCAUGGUUUACUUUGAUCCAGACAACAAUUGUAUUGAAGCAUUUGACGUCUCUGGACAUGUGGAUGUCUACAUUGAUGGAGCUCUCCACUCCAGAUGUAAAUUUACUGAAGCUGUUAAAGUUCAUUUGGUGUUUAACUCUCUCAAGGAUACUGGAAUUUCAGAUAGCAUUGACCGAGACAAGAUAAACCACUCUGUUGCUAAUGAUUGUUUGCCCGCAGAUGAUAGUAAAAGACAUGUGAGCUCUGAAUGCUUGGGUUCCCUAUGUAGUCAAAAUCAAGCCGCAAGGUCUCCUAAUGUGAAUGUGCCUCCUGUAGAUAUCAGUAAUGCAGACGAAAGUUGUUUUAGAGACUCACAUAUUUCUGAGGUUAAAGACAGGCAUCAGGUUUCUGGAGCUGUCAAUGAAGGGGAUUGUGAAGACACAAAAGCUGUUCUGGAAUCAUCUAUAGAAUCGGGGAAUGAAGAUGAAUCGUCGCAGAGUGAUAUCACGUCUGAGAUAGAGAAGAACUCUGGCCGACGAAGCAGCAAGCGAGUUUCAGUAGGGUCAAAGCGGCCUCGGAAAGCGAUUUCAGGCUCUAACGAGUUAAGCUGUCCGACUUGUGGAAAAUGUUUUAGUAACAAAGAGCAGUUGUUUGACCAUCGGCGAAAUCCUUCCUGCCGAGUUUAUUGCUCAGAGUGUCAAGAAAGAUUUCCAUCAAAGGUGACCUACUUUAUACACUUUUGUAAAUAUCACCCGAACUGUGAUAUCAAGGCAGAGUUCAGAGAGUACAUCAACUUAACCAGACCUGUCGUGUGGUGUGCGGAUAAAGAGGUGGUCAAGUGUCCAUUGUGCCUCAAGUCGCUGAAGGAGGGGAGCAUACUCAAUCACUUAGAGUGCUCUCACUUCAGAGAGCCGUCUUACGCCUGCUGCGUCUGUGAGGAGACCUUCUACACCGAGCGACUCUGGCGCUUACACAGCCGCUCUCACGUCUGGGACAGGCAUCUCGCUCCGUCGGCCAAAAGUUCUGCUGCGACGACCACUACUGCAACGACCACUACUGCAAGCACUGCUGGUACUGAUGUGUCCCAUGCUCUUGGUCUUCCAUCACUGAAAAAAGAGGUACAUGAUUCUGGUGAUGAAUUGACUGUGACUUUUCAGAAUGACCACAACAACCAGUUUAGAUCGAAUGAUGAGACAGUUACUUCAUCUUCUCAUCGAUCCACUCAGUUGUCUUCUGUUUUCCCUAACACUCACCCUGAUCCUCUAACUAUGAGUAUUCAGCAGCAAGGGAACGUGUCAGACUCAUGUCCAGCUUUUGUUAAAGGUGAGAAUCCUGUAAGCUCACAAUCAGACCAGGAAGUACAAAAUAACUGCUCUACCCUUUCAAGUGGUAAGAAAAAUGUGUCUAGAUUAUCAGAUGUGUCAAACUUUGCUGAUGACACAAACGCAAGCCUUCAAGGGAGUGGAAAAUCUGUUACCAGUACCUCAGUCUCUAGACGGGAUUUGAAAUCAAGCAAAGGAAAACGUGGCACCAGUUACUACAGUUGUGAGUUUUGUGCAAAACCAUUUUUCUGUAAAAGAGCUAAGAAUGCUCAUAGACUGAACCCCAGCUGUGAAGUGAAGUGCAUUUCUUGUAGCACCAUUCAUUCCUCUAAAGGGUCAUUGUUUGAGCAUUACUGCAGAGUUCACCCUACUGUGCAGGACCUAAGGGAACAGUUCGGUAGUUCAUUUUCGUUUGUUAACUUAAAAGUAUUUAAGGAUCAAGGUAUCUGCCCAGUGUGCAUGGCACCACUAAGCGACAGAGGGUGUGUUAAACACUUUGAUACCAUCCACUUUGUCAACCAGUUGUAUUUGUGUUGUGUGUGUGGAAAAGAUUUCAGCACAGAACAGUUGUGGUUUGACCAUUGUACAACUGAGCAUGGGAAUGGUAAACAAGAUGCAGUAACAAAUCCAGAUAAUUCAUUUUCUCAACGUAAAAAUGUUGCCAGAGAAGGGAAAAAAAGAAAAGUAACGCCAAGGAAACGAGUAAAACUUUCUGUGACCAGUGAAAGAGCACAGCAGACUGCUGCGAAAAAGCUGAAUGAAGUCAUCUCCGCAGAAGCUGAUGAUGGUGGUGAACAUCAGUGUAAAUAUUGUAAAGAAACAUUCACGAGCAAAGCUCAGUUGUUGACUCAUCCCAGGAGGAAGUUGGAAGUGAAGUCGGUCUGCAAACACUGUGGGAAAAUUUGUCGUGAUCAGGCCGCUCUCAUUGUGCACGAGAAAAAAAAACAUGGCGGUGGUCUUGUCUUCGAUACUUCGAGUGGCCCCAAAGGGGUCAAAAUGUUUGAAUGCCCAGUGUGCUUGGAGAAAGUGAGGCAUAUCAUCAUGCACGUCAGGAAAAAGCACACAAACGAGUCAUUGUUCGUGUGCUGUGUAUGUGGUAAAAGCUGUCAGUCAUUCGCAGAGUACACUCGCCACUGUGAUGCUCUUCACACUCACAGACAAAAGGGCAUUUAUCAUUGUUCUAUGUGCAAUAAAAUAUGCGACAACAUGAGUGAUUUUAACUCGCAUAAAGCCAUACACAGGAAAAUCUGCAGCUUCUGUGGAGAAAAAUUUCUGCUCCAGAAACACCUCCAGCUGCACUAUUCAGAGAAACAUGACGAAAAGUUGAUCCCGUGUGGCCACUGCGACAGGAAGUUCCCCUCCAUGAAUGCACUACGCACUCAUGAGAAAUAUAUGAAAUUCCGUCCCCUGCGUCCUUGCCCAAAGUGCGGUCUGAUGCUGCGUGGCGUAAAGCGCCAUAUGAAAGCCAUGCACCCUGACGUGCAAGCGGAGGCACAGUGCAAUAUCUGUGGCAAAACGGUGAAGAAUGAAAAAAGGCUUGCUGUUCAUAUGCUCUGCCAUAAAAAUGACCAGCUUGCAUGCUCCGUGUGCUUCAAAGUGUUCAAGCAUUCACAAGCUCUAACCAGGCACCUCAAAAUUGUCCACUUCGUGGAGAAGCUUUUUGAGUGCAACAUAUGUGGGAAGAGGUGUUCUAUGAAGUCCAAUCUGAGAAUUCACAUGAGAAUUCACUCUGAUGACAAAAUGUUCCCUUGUACUUUCUGCAGUCAGGGUUUUAACUACAAAGCUUCCUUGCUCAGUCACAUGCGCUCCAAGCACCCAGACAUGGAACCUGUGGGUGAAGUUUGAUAUAAUUUCACAUUCAAGGAUGGGAACGGCAUUUGUAGAAAAGACAGAUUUAAAGUUAAGUGUUUUGUAGUGAUCGGGUAAAACACGACUAUGGAAGCUGAGUUUGAGUAUAUCAGACUUUCAAGCGUGCCGAAGUGUUAAUUAAUAGAAAGCGCAUUGUUGCAUUAUUUCAAGAAAUCUUACAUUAUUUCUACUUGCUUGUGACAUAUUAUUUGCAUAGUUUGCACAAAAAAGGAAAAACUGACUGAUUUUUAAAAUAUUCUGAUAGGUUAGCUUAAAAAAAGAAGUCAUGUGUAAUCUUUAAUGUGUACUUAGGGACUUUUCUUAAUUGAUAUUGAUGUUAUUUAUACAUGUUUUUAUGUGAUGUAGAGGGCUGUACAACAAGCCCAGUAUAGUCAAACUUCAUUAAACUGCCAUCCUUGGGACAAGUACAUGUAUGAAGUUGGAGGAGCAGCAGGGCUGGUGGCUCAAUGCAGUUCCUCUGUUGUAAAUGUUUGGUGUCCCACAUGCUCAUAUGACCUUAUACAGUUGCGAGCGCCGUAAAACACUUACCAACUCCCCCCCCCCCCCUCAAAAAAAAAA